GGAGGGCAGGAGCCAGCCCUGAGCGGCGGAGCAGCGAGGCAGCCCCCUCCCGCCCCGGGCGGAGCGAUGGAUCGUGGAGCCGCAGCGCCGGGGAACUGUCCGCGGUCCUGAGAUGCCCGCGCCGGGUCCCUGUCUGCGGGAAGAGGCGCUGGGCUCCCGCUGCCCGCCCUGAACCGGUGCGGCAGGGUCUGUCCCCCCUGCGCGGCCGCUGGAGCCCGGGGCCUGAGCCGUCGGCACAGGGAUGCAGGAUGCACCCGCUCUGGAGGAUGGAUCACUUUUUCAUCUACAUCAACGCAGCCCUGUUGUUUUAUUUUAGCUAUGCCAGCCUGUUCCUCGUGGAGGCAGACAGCCCAUCCGCCCCAGUCAAUGUCACGGUCAAACAUCUGAAGGCCAACUCGGCUGUUGUGACCUGGGAUGUUCUGGAGGAUGAAGUUGUUAUUGGAUUUGCAAUCUCCCAGCAGAAGAAGGAUGUGCGGAUGCUGCGCUUUAUCCAAGAGGUGAACACCACCACCCGCUCGUGCGCCCUCUGGGACCUGGAGGAGGACACCGAGUACAUUGUGCACGUCCAGUCCAUCAGCAUCCAGGGCCAGAGUCCCGCCAGUGAACCCGUCCUCUUCAAGACCCCCAGGGAAGCCGAGAAGCUGGCUUCAAAGAAUAAAGAUGAGGUGACGAUGAAGGAGAUGGGGAAGAACCAGCAGCUGCGAGCUGGGGAAAUUCUCAUCAUUGUCGUGGUGUUAUUCAUGUGGGCAGGAGUGAUCGCCCUGUUUUGCAGGCAGUAUGACAUCAUCAAAGAUAACGAACCAAAUAACAACAAGGAGAAAGCCAAGAGCGCGUCUGAGAGCAGCACUCCGGAGCACCAGAGCGGAGGGCUCCUGCGCAGCAAGUUUCCAAAAAACAAGCCUUCAGUGAAUAUCAUCGAAGCAUGACAGCCUGCCAUCCGCUAGAUGGACUCCAUUUCUCGCUCUCCCUCUCUGCUUCUGAGCCCUGACGACUGGGGAAGUGAAAUACUGUUGGAGCGGUUUGGAGAGACCUACUGGUUGUCAAGUUCUGGCAUAAAUCUCCUUGCCCUUGCUCUGCAAAAGACAACUGGAGAGAGAGAAAAAAUCCUGGGAAAAAAAAAAAAAAACCCCACAUAAGCCACUGUCUGAGAAGGAAAAGCUUCUGUGAAACUGAUGCCUCAGGCGAUUCUGUAUCGGACUCACAAUUCACCCAGGCUGCAACAAAUCCCAACAGACUCAUCUUCCACCCUCCCGCCGCCUCUCUCCCCUGGAGCGAUUUGCCUCUCUUGGGAGAUCACACAAUUUCAUUGUAUUUUGCUUCACGGUCGCCGCGUGUUGACAGCAUCAACAUGGGCUCAGACUGCAUUUGCCAUUUCUCUUCAGAGAACCGAGAAAGAAACAGACAGUGGCAGAGAAAAGGAGUGUGGCUGCGGUGUACUCUAAUCUCACUCCAUAGCACUCAUGUGUGGCGUGUAAUACAUUUUGCAGGUGGGAUUUUUUUGUAUGUUUGUUUUUAACAAAGGCACAUUACAGUUUCCAUCUGAAUGGUCACCACUUUGCCGGCUGCUCUCCAGUUGAGAGCUGCAGCAUUUGUCUCUAUUUUUGCCAUCUCUCCUAUUCUCCAAUGCUGUAAUCCACCUUAGGUAAGCAGGGUGGAAUUCAAAACACUGGGGGGCACAGACCAACAGAGACAAGAAGCCAACCGUUGUUUUGGUUCCAGGAGAACUUGGACUAUUUCUUUAUGAUAUUUACCACUGGGCCUGACUGAUUCCACCUGUAGUGUAACAAAUGGUCCUUACAAAAUGUAGCCAGUUAGUGGGGGGAAAAAAACAAAAAACAAAGUCAUGAUGAUAAUGGUUGCUAUGCAAGGAUACUAGGUUUCUAGUGCUGACAGCUAUCCCAUUCACUUCCAAGGAAUCCCUGCCCAAUGAUGGCCAAGGACACUCCUUAACUAGAUACUUCUUUUACUGGGGUUCCAGUGAGUGGAGCUGGAUCUUCUUCCACUUCGUGUCUCCACUAUUCAUCUUGACCCUGUGUUGCCAGGUGUUUGUUAAGAGUCCUUCCUAACUCCUCCAGAAAUGUGGGGAGGGAAGGGAGGAGUCUCCUCUAGUUUAAUAACUGCUUUAUGUUCAUAAGUUGACAAGUUCCCUGUGACUUGCAAUGUUUUGAGGCUGGUAGGUGAGAGGUCAUCAAAUGGAAGAGAUUUACUAUCAGAGCUUUGCCAGCAGGCUUUUAUAUGUAUUUGUUUAAUUACUCUACAAGGCCAUUCCAUACAUGCUGGGGGAUAACAUGGGAUCCUAAUCAUUCCAUCAAAUAUUAAGAUAGGUUGGCCCAAAUCGGAUUUAAAUCCUCCCAUUGCAAACAAAUUUGCAUUCAGGCAAGACAAUGAUUCAAAAGCCACUGCAAAGAAACAGGCUGGUCGUCACUGAGUUUAGACCUCUUUCCCCUUUCAUAUCCAUUAGCCUUUCUCAAGUAGUCAGUCCAAGAGAAAGGCACUGGGAGGUUUGCAUGCAGAGACAUUUUAUAAACAAGGGCUUCCCCACUGCCAGUUUCAGGGAGGGGGCCAGCCCCACCCAUAGUUUUCUAAAUUGGAUCCUUAGCCAAAAGCUACUCCCCAUCACCAAGAGGGAGAGGUCAAUACCUCUGAUACAGUUGGAGCAAUAACCACUUUUUAAUGUACAAUAAAAGAUUCAAGGCACAUCUUUCCUUGUAAA